CUUCCACUAACCUAGCGCAACAAUAUCCUUCUUUAUAUUUUUUAAGAGUAAAAAAUGUCGGAAAAGAAAACAAGAGGUCGUCAGAAGAUCCCGAUCAGACUGAUCGAGAACAAAGACGACCUCCUGGUUUCCUUCUCGAAGCGGCGCGUGGGCGUGUACAAGAAGGCGAGCGAGCUGAGCACGCUGUGCGCCGUGGACGUGGGCGCCAUCAUCUUCUCUCCGUCGGGCAUCCCGCACUCCUUCUUCACCCCGGACUUCGACUCCGUCGUCCACGGCUGCCGCCGCGACGGCGACGCCCCGCAGACGAGGAUCCACGAGAUCAACAGGCGGCUGGACGACGUGGUGGAGCAGCAGGAGCGGGAGGAGCGGAGGGAGAAGCACCUCGGCGGCGGCGGCGAGAUGGGGUGGUGGGAGUUCCCGUUGGAGAGCUUGGACGCGGAGCAGGUGAGGGAGCAGAUAGAGUGGUUUCGGACGUUCAGGGAGAAGAUUAAAGGGCGGGUUGAAGAGCUCAAUAAUGGCGGCGCGAGCUCUGCGGCGGCGGCGGGAGAUGGCGGUGGUGUGUUAGGUGGGGAGAGUUUGUUUACUGCGCCGGUGUCUGAUGAGGCGUAUGGAUUUGCUCCGGGGUUUGAUGGUGGGAGGUACGGUUACGGGGCGGCGGCGUUUGGGGGUGGGAUAGAGAAUGAGUAUUUUCCGGGGCCGGCGGAUCUCGGCGGUGAUGGAUAUGGUUAUCUUCCUAGGGGAUAUGGAGAGGCUGGACCUUCCAAAUAG